AUGGACCCGGGGAGUUCGCCCCUCCAGCCGCAGUCGUCGAAGCUGGCCGCCCCGCCGUCCACAGCGCCCCCUCCGUCGGUCGUGUCUCUGCCCUCGGGGGUGCCGAUGCCGCCCACCUUCUUCCGCCCGCCCAGCCUCCUCUUGCGCGCCGCGGCCGCUGCAGCCGCGCGCAAGCUGAGCCGGACGCCCAAGUGCGCGCGCUGCCGCAACCACGGCGUCGUCUCCUGCCUGAAGGGCCACAAGCGCUUCUGUCGCUGGCGGGACUGUGCGUGCGCCAAGUGCGCCCUUAUCGCCGAGCGCCAGCGCGUCAUGGCCGCCCAGGUGGCCCUGCGCAGGCAGCAGGCGCAGGAGGAGAGCGAGGCCCGCGGAGGCCCGAGCGGCGAGGCAGUGCCCAGGCAGACUGGCGUGGAAGGAGAGGUCGCCACCUUCAAGAGCUGCUGCCCGGAGUUCCAGCGCGGGAGAAGAGAGGAGAAGUUUCAGAAGUAUGACUUCUUUUGCAGCAAGCCAGGCAGUUCUCUAGCUUACUCACAUUCACCUUCCCUAGUGUCCUCGGCUGAAGUUACUAGAGCUGGUGGAGACCAAAGAGAGAAGCCCUCUGGCAUUCCGAUUCCAGGUAAAGAGAAAACUGACCAUCCUCCUGGUCCUGAGGAGCUGUUGGAAGGUGCUGAUAGCUCAGCAUCUCUGUCUUCUUCAGACAUGGAAUCUGGAAAUGAAAGCGAAUGUCCCAAGCACUUUGUCAACUCCAGUAUCCGCUUUCCUCCUUCUCCGACUACUGGCGUGGCUUCAAGACUCAGAAACCCACUUGAUAUUCUUGCCAAGGUCUUCCCAAGUCAUAAACAAAGCAGAUUAGAAAAGAUUCUGCAGUUCUGCAAAGGGGAUAUAGUUCUAGCGAUAGAGCAUGUACUGAACAUGGAUGAGCACAGACAAGGACUCCAGAACAUUGCGAUCCCACCCUUGCCAGAACGCAGUGUCUUCCAGAGGUCUUCUGAUUUUAGCCUCCUGGGAGUAGAUGUCAGAGCACUUGGAAAUAAAUCAGCAUUUUCUCCUCUUCAAACUAGUCCAGCUGCCUUUGCAAGUGAGGUGAAUCUUUAUGGGUUAAAUCCUAGACUGGGGAUCAGACCUCUGAGGAUGACUUACACCCCUCCAGGAUUUAUGACACCCUACUUAAGAUCCGGGUUGUUUCCUGCUUUGCCGUUUCACUCAGCUAUGGACUAUCCCUUUUCAGGAGUGAUCAAAGAUGCGUCUUAUUUCUCCAGUAAAGACUCAGUUGCCAGAACUGAGAUAUAUUCGAGACAAGGCGAAGAACACAAAUAG